AGAAAGUGUGUGUGAGUGUAAUAACUAAAGGACAUCAUUGUUCUGCAGGAUCUAAGCAAAAAGUCUCUCUUUUUCACUCUCUUCAGUGCAGUGUCUCUCUUUCUCUCUCCUUUAGCUCACAGCUCUUGUUAGCUUCAAAUCCUUCUCCAGUCUCUAUUUCUCAGAGUAGAAAUCUGCAUCCAAAUCCUGUGGUUAGUUCUGGUGCAACUCCAUGGCGGUUGUUGUUGUUAUUGCUGUGAUUUUGUUGGCUAUGGUUGGUCACUCAAGUGGGACAUGGUGUGUAUGCAGAGAAGGAUUAAGCGAAGCAAUGCUGCAGAAAACAUUGGACUACGCAUGUGGUGCAGGAGCCGAUUGUGGACCCAUUCACCAGAAAGGACCUUGCUUUAACCCAAACACUGUCAAGUCCCACUGCUCCUACGCUGUCAACAGCUUCUUUCAAAAGAAAGGUCAGUCUCAGGGAACUUGUGACUUCGCCGGCACAGCCACCGUCUCAGCCUCUGAUCCUACUCCGAGUUUGAUGGAAGCAUUAACUACUUCCAGAGUUGUGCCACUUCAGGUUACCUGUAGAAAGCUCUCAUCAUCACUUUCUGCUGAUUUCUCUUGCCUUGAGUUUAAAAGGUAUCCUUGUACAAGUGGGCGUGUCUCCAUCAUGAACCAUCCCAAUUUGCUCCUCCGUCCAGUGUCUGCUUCUUUGCAGCCACAGGAGUUGUCGGCUUUGGGGCACGAAGGAAACGUUGCUCCUUCUAAAGAAAUACUCGAACUUUGGAGAGAUGUUGAAGCUGUGUGCUUCGAUGUGGAUAGCACGGUUUGUGUGGAUGAAGGUAUUGAUGAACUUGCUGAGUUUUGUGGAGCUGGAAAGGCUGUUGCUGAAUGGACUGCCAGAGCAAUGGGUGGAUCUGUUCCAUUUGAAGAAGCUCUAGCCGCAAGACUCUCUUUGUUCAAGCCUUCUCUUUCCAAAGUUGAGGAAUAUCUCGCAAAGAGACCCCCGAGACUGUCCCCUGGCAUUGAAGAGUUAGUCAAGAAGCUCAGAGCCAAUAAAAUUGAUGUCUAUUUGAUAUCUGGAGGUUUUCGACAAAUGAUCAAUCCUGUAGCGUCGAUUCUUGGCAUUCCUCGAGAGAAUAUCUUCGCCAACAAUAUUCUAUUUGGAAAUUCUGGCGAGUUUGUGGGAUUUGAUGAGAACGAACCUACAUCAAGAAGUGGAGGCAAAGCCAAAGCAGUGCAACAAAUAAGAAAGGGUCGUCUCUACAAGACUAUGGCCAUGAUUGGAGAUGGUGCUACUGAUCUCGAAGCACGUAAACCUGGUGGCGCAGAUUUGUUCAUAUGCUACGCUGGAGUUCAGCUUCGUGAAGCUGUUGCAGCGCAAGCAGACUGGCUUAUCUUCAAGUUUGAACCUCUCAUAAACUCAUUGGACUCAGUGCCUCUAUAUGAUGAUUAGUCUCAUUGAGACUAACUAAUUAUUCAUAUCUCAAAAUUUGUACUUUUUUUUCCUUGAAUGUGUGAAACAUCCAUUGAAUCAAUAAAUGUUUCUGCCAACUU